AUGGCCCCGCCACCAAAGAAGGCUCCAACUAAAGGAGCCAAGCAGAUCCUCAUGGAGAAUGAGACAACGAUCAGCUUCUAUAGGAACAUGGCCGGGGCUGCAGGGUUGUUCUACAACUGCAUCAUGUUCGGCCUCUACCAUGACGAUCUGGCUUCUUGGCUCAUAUUUAUGAAUGUGCUGGUGAUGCUGAUCUACUUUGCAUGCUAUCAAAUGAUGAGAUACAUCAGCCGCCCGACUUACACCGAGCAGGGACAGCUCAUUGAUCCAGGCUUGGACCUGAACAUGGAGGGCGGAAUGGGAGAGCACAUCAAGGACAUAGUGAUUUUGACUUCGAUCGCCCACAUUAUGGCCGUAGUGUCCAACUAUUUCUGGAUGCUGCUUCUGCUCAUCCCGGUCCGUGCCUUUUGGCUCCUGUGGAAGAAUAUUCUUGGCCCAUGGUUUUUUCAGGAAGGCCCGGAGGAUUCUGAGCAAGAUGAGAAGAAACGCAAGAAAAUGGAGCGCAGAAUGCGCCGAUACAACCAGUAAAUUAUUCGCUAUAGGGAUUCUCAUGGCUCCUUUCAAUUGAGGCCAAGAUUUAGUUGUAAGUUAGGUCGCUUAUACUGCGACACUUGGUGUGACCUGUCUCUUCACAUAAUGGUCUUUUUGGCAAAAGAUACAGGAAUUGCAUACGGGAUGGUAUAUUGUUACAAUUAAUAUUGUAAAUCGGGUGGCUUUUGGAAGGAUCUUGUCAAAGAGUAUUUUUAUAUGUUUGUGGCAUUUUGAAAUGAAAUGCUGUGCGACAGAUUUAGAACGGAAUUUAUUCACCCUCGCACUUGGUAUGAACAAACGGACAUAUCAAAACAUUUUACAUAUCUUCAUAGGUUGAUGUAACGUCACCAAAGAGGUCAACAUUGGCCAUGCUUAUGAAAUGAAAUGAUACCCAGAAUAACGCGUUUAAACUCCGUUAAAAUCUGUUUUAUUUCAAAAAAAAAUAAGGGAAGAUAGGUUGUUUCCUUAAGGAUAUGAAGACGUUUUGUGGCAAAACCCCUACAGCCACACGGUCUCUCGUACAAUAUAUAUAAUCCACGUAACACAUACAUAGUGUAAGGCACAUUAAGUUCAACAAAAUUUAGCGUUGUUAUUUUUUAAGACCAUUGAAAGUUGAUUUCUGUACAAAUUUUGUUGCUGUAAAUUUUUUUAGUUAAAUUAAUUUUUCUUUAAUUAUAAUUAAUUUUAUACAUAUUUUUUUAAAUAUACAUUUAUAAUUUAUCUUAAAUUGUAAAUAUGUAUUAUGAUUUUUUAUAUUUGUUGAUAAAAACGAACAACCAAAUUUUUGAAGAAUAAAAUACAGCUUUGAAAAAAAAAAAACAAACUUAGAUCAACAAGUAUAAAAAUUAAAUUAUGUGGUCAAAUGCGAAUGGUUAAACAUUAAUAUAUACCAUUAGUAUGAAGUGACUUUGCAUGUUUCUUUCAUGAUAUAUUCUCAAUCGCCAUUUAAUUAUUCUUUUCAACAUUUUUUGUAGUGUGGAAGUAUUACCUAAGUCCAAAUUAUUUGAUUAUUGACGUCUAUAUGUUAUAUAAAAAUGUAUAUGUAUUUAAAUAUGACAAAUUCGAAUUAUUUAUUAGUUAUUUUCUAUUGGGAUCCUGGUGCUAUCUUUGAGCGAGUGUUUUCGUCAUGAAAUGACAAUAUAUAUUUACAUUUAAGUUUUUAUUUACAUAUCUGUCAUCCCCAAUUUAUUUAUAUAGGCGAAUUGCAUUUCAUAUGGCGAUUUAAAUAUAGAAUUUGUUCGAAAAGCUUAUCUAUAUUGGUUCCAUUGAACGCGCCUGGAAAAAUUAUAAGGCACAUUGUGUUCCUAUUGCAAUUUGCUAUUUUGUUUCGCCAGGGGUUUUGAUUUUCUCUUGCAGUCAUUCAAAAUUCUUAUUCCAUUGUCCAGGUUUCACCUGUAUCAUUCUGGUUAGGCAUACAUAAGAUCAAAUAGUUAAAUCAAUAAAUUGAUAAGUACUGUUUUUAAUUAUAUGUAUACGUGAUUGUACAUAAUUCCAGCCAAAGAGACAAACUAUUACAAAAGAUUACUCGGUUCAAAAUUGUGAGGCAAAUUCACAUUUCGUCGUAAAGAUAAACUUUUUCACAGGCCUGCUUAUUCGAUAAUCACCUUCGAACUUUCGAAAAAAAUCAUAAAAAAGUAGCGAUAACUCAAAUAUAGACGAAUCCGGUGCGCAAGUAUAUGUAUCGUCAUACUUACUGCAGUAUGCUGUAUUUGCUCUGUGAGUUUCCCAGUAUUUAAACAUCAAAUAGUCAUUCACGGUACCUCAAAGGGGACCGACUGUUCAAAUUCAAAUUAUUUACCAGGACAGGGCAGGUGUAUUGAUAUACACAAACUCAUAGUUAAACACGAUCCAUUUCUCUAUAAAACAUAUUCUAGGGACGUAAUUGUGUCGUCAUAUUUAUUCUGUCUCGAUGGUGGGAUUUUUGAUGAAUUUAUAGGCUUUCCGUCCUUUAUUCUCCUUAUAAGGUGGGACGAGCUUCAUUAACCGUGUACGCUUACAUAAUGUGUAAUAUAAUUUGCUACGCUCAACCUAGUUACAUUGCCUUUUUUCUAGUCAGUAGGUGUCGAGCGAAAAACAUAUUUCUUUAUAGAAGGGGUUUAACUGGCCCCUUUACUUUACGUGUUUUAUUAAUUUAAGUAUGUGAGUUUUAUAUUAUGUCUCAGUUCAUCUAUUAUAUCUAUGACCAUGUAAGUAUGGUCCAUAAUUCAGAAGCGUAUUACGUAAAACGACAAAUAAGACCGAUAAAAACGGGUGAAUAAGUAGAUAGGUAACGAGUGUAUUAAAUAGGAGAUCUAAUAUGGUGUAGUGUGGACAGUUUUACCCGCAUCCUGUAUCCUCAAAAAUAAUAUAUAUCUUUUGGGAAAAAUCCCCCUUGACUGUAUGUUUAAUGAUUGAGAUUGUAAUCUACCCUCUUUGAUGGAAGGGAACUUAUUUCAUAAAAUUCAGUAAGUUAAGGAUCUAUAGGUAGAUAUUGUAAAACGAAGCACGGCAUUAAUGUCUGUUUUAAUGGAAAAAAAAAACAUAAAAAACCUAAUAGUCUGUGGAAUAAUUUUAUAAAUCUUAUGCUUUUUUGCUCUUGUUUUUCUCUAAGGUGAUUAUUAUUCAAAAGUCAUGUGAAAUACAUUUAUAAUAUUGGAAAAAACGUUGAUAAAUUCUAAAAACAAUGUACGUUUAUUUUUAUUAAAAACUUUUGUCUUUUAUGAAAUUGUGGAUGUAAUUUUUAUAGUCUCGGAUUCAAUGCAAUGUAGCUACUACUACUUUUGGAAUGAUAUAUUCAAAAUGUCUACAGUUGCCCUGUACGAAUGUAUAGACCGUAAGCAUGUAUUUUCUAUUAAGAUUUCACAUGGUAAUAACAAGUAUUUAUCUCGAUGUUAUAUUUUACACGAUGACUUCGCGUAUUGUAACAAUUAGUAUAAGGAUGUUUAUUAAAUAAUCAAUAAAUGGAUGAACAUA